UAAUUGUUUGUUUAGAUAUUGUAUGAAUCAUUUCGAGUUAUAAGUCAUCAAAAAACGGGAAAUUACCCUUAUUUGCUCAACACUCAAAACUACCGGCUUAAUGAGAUUUAAAAGUUUCAGUUUAUACCUCCGUCAGCCAAUCAGAUCAAAUAUUAGUGAGAAAGUUUUACUUUAAAUGCCUGUCUUUUAUAUAAGAGCUUUUUAUUUUCUGUCUUGCAUUUUUCUCGUUAGAAAUUCAGAGAGGAAAAUACUAUUGAGUUUUAAAGUAACAUGAGGGGAAUAAUAAUUUUCUUCUUUUUAAUUCAUUUGGUGUAUUCUUUUGAUGCACAGUAUGACGGUCUAUGGAAGUCGUAUCAGAUAAAGCAUGGAAGAACGUAUUCGGCCUCUGAAGAAAACAUACGAAGAUCGAUUUGGGAAGAUAAUGCAAAAAUGAUAGCUUUACACAACUUGGAAGCAGAUCAAGGACUGCAACAUUUUAGAAUGGAGCUGAACAAAUUUUCUGAUAAAAAAGACUGCGGAUCUUGCUGGGCAUUUUCAUCUACUGGAUCACUUGAAGGGCAAGUUAAAGCAAAAACUGGCAAGCUGGUGUCAUUAAGCGAACAAAAUCUCAUAGAUUGCUCAUCUAAAGAAGGAAACGAGGGCUGUGAUGGAGGAUGGAUGGAAUACGCUUUUCAAUAUGUCAUCGACAAUGAAGGAAUCGACACAGAAAGGGCAUAUCCAUACGAAGCAAUAGUAAGUAUAAACAGUGCGCAAAAUCUAAGAACCUCUUUUUCUUUUCUCUUUUUCAGAAGUGGCGUAUUUCAUGAUCGUACAUGCUCUAAAGAUGAUUUGGAUCAUGCAGUGUUGGUGGUCGGUUACGGUUCCAAAAAUAAAUCAGACUACUGGAUUGUUAAAAACAGUUGGGGAAGUGAUUGGGGAAUGGACGGAUACAUUUUAAUGGCGAGGAAUCAACACAACCAAUGUGGUAUUGCAACAGAUGCAGUCUAUCCUAUUGUCUAACAAUGGCUUUUUCCAUUUACAAAUUCCAUUUUUGGAAAAAUUCUUAUUAACAACUGUUACCUCAGGCUCAUUUUUUCUCUCUCUUUUAUGCCAUAUUUUUCCUACAUAUUGUUCUUUUUGUAAUAUUUUAUACAAACAUUAGGAUCUAAUAAAUAUGGUUUUUAUCUCUUG